AUUCCAUUUAAAUAAUUAGUUUCGAUGUUUAAAGCGAAAUAUUUGUUGGUAAAGACGACCUAAUGAGUCUUUCAGGUAAUCCAUAUUCAUCCGCUCUGAGUUCCUGCCUCACGCGCAGUGAAGGGAGCGGAACCCGGAUGGAACUGUCAUGGCUGCCGUCACCGACCUGCCAGUCUAAAGAGAAAAAAGAGGAGCCUUUAUUCUAAAGCAUGGAGGUUGACCUGACGACAUCAGAUGAUCCCCCUGAAAGCCAUGACCUGAGCCAGGAUGAUGACCCCUCACAGGAUCACACUUUGCCUCUCGAAUUGACACAUCAGCUUCCAGAGACAGCCUCUUGCAAUGAACAUUGUGACCAAGAAACACCCCCUGAGGAGUCAGCCACUGAUAAUCUUCACACAGACGGCAAAGCUUCUGGAAAGACUCCGUGUAAGAUGCAGCAGGGUGCAAUCUUCUCUGGAAAAAUACUGAGUUUUUGUUGCUCUGAAUGCAAAGACGACACCACUUACAGCCCAAAUGACUUGCUGAAACAUUUUCAAGGAACACACAAGGGGACUCUUCCAACUUAUCCUUGUGAUCUGUGCUUGUUUGUCACCAAUGAAUUCUCAUCUCUUCAGCGACAUCGCAUCGGACAUCGAAACACUUUGGUCACGUGUGAGAUUUGCAACGAUGGGGUGCAGUAUUCGCUUCUUUUGCUCACCAGGCACUUUACCAACUGCCACAGCCAUAAUGGACAGUUUCUCUGUAAAAAGUGUGAGUUUUCCACCCGUGAUGCAGGAACCUUUGUUCAACACAUCCAUCAUCACAAUGAACGUAAUCACAAAUGUGUGAAAUGUCCACAUGGCAGCCCCACGCAAGGGGAGCAUCAGAGGCAUAACAUGGUGCAUUCUGGGACUUUUCCUUUCUCUUGUCAGAUUUGUGGCUAUAGUGCAGCUCGCAGAGAUUAUCUGAACAAACAUCUUACUGUGGCACACGGUGAGGAAAUGAACAAGUGGAGAACAAAUGAGGACAGUUCUGGAGUUAAUUCCCCUGGAUUAAAACGGUUGCUUAAAAAGUCUCCUCCAGUUGGAGGAUCCAGAGAAUCGCAGUCGAUGUCAAAACGUAACUCAGUCGCCGGUGUAGGUCUGCUUGAUCAUAAUGGCAGGUUGUUUAAUUCUGAAAAUACCUUGGAGGAGACCCAGCAGUUCCUUGAAAGAGCUGUCGGUGUUAAAAAGGAGAGUGUUAAAUGGACAAAGUCUCCUAUAAAAAGUGAGUCGCAAACUUUGCACCUCAUUCAAUCAACAACGCCACAACCAAAGUUACAAGAGCAUGAGAUUAGUCCAGGAAGUCCAGUUCUGAAUUCAACCAACAGCAAUGGACUGACCGUCCUUAUGGUGAAAAACAAAAUUUCUAUCCCACCGAACUGCACCACUAAAGUCAUGGGCUUCAAGAUGGUAGAUGGUAAAAAACAUUUAGUUCUUAAAGUCAUACCGACAAAACAAGAGGACUACACUGCAAAUGAAGGGUCUGAUUCACACAUUGGUGAUGAUGAAGUCAAAAUAACCAGCAGUCCCUGCUCUUCAUCCUCACCAAGCAUAGGAUCUCUCCUUAGUUUAGAGUCUGGCGAAUCAAAUGAGAUAUCUUCAAUUAAAGAAGAGUCACAGGAAGUUGAAAAUCACAUUGGCAACCAUCUCCCCCUGAUAAAUGAGCACAAAGUUAACUUUGAGAGUGCGAGUAAAGCUAAAGCAGAGCAGGUUAAUAAAAAGGAUUCUGAAGUCUCACAUAGUGUUAAAGUACUGUCUACGGCAUCAAAAGAUGCUGCACUUUUCCUGUGUCAGAGCCGUCAAUCCAAUGGAAGGUCAUCGCCUCAUCUGCAUGAGGUGUCUUUCCUUUGUCCGAGUGAGAAAUGCUCCACUGAUGAUAUCCAGACAGCCAGCACACUUCCAGUUUCAACUAAAGAGCUUUCCUCCACUGAUUCUGAUUUGCAGAUGGCUCAAGUAGAUUCAUCUAAAUACAAGGCUAAUGUGUUAGCUUCAGUUAUAGAUGGACCCUCAGGAUCACAAUCAUCUGCUGAUGAAAGCACAUGUCCUAAUGCAGUUUCUGAUUUAGAAUCAAACCCUGAAAUGUCUGUAGAAGGCAAGUCCACAAACACUGACACCCUGAAAUCUAAACUUCCAUCAAAAAUGACUGUAGAUGCACCAUUUUCAGUAAUAACAGAAGAAUCCCUUAUCCAGGAACCAUGCGAGAAUAGCACUGAACCAAACUGCGCUAUUAAAAGCCCUGUGGAAAAGAGUAUCCAUGAUUUAGUGGCUAAAGAAGGGCAGGAUUCUGAUUCUGACCAAGUUAAGACCUCUACCGCAGAAGUUGGAGAGAGCUUUCAGUUUUACCCAAAUGCUCAUUCUGAGACUCCAGCCUCAGACAGUAUUGUCGUAAAGUCCUCUGAAGUAACUAAAAACAAAACCGCAGAGGCAAGCGCACAAAGUGAAACUAGUAAAAGUGCAUCAACUGAAGCCAAAGAUAGUAACACAGAAGUUGAAAAUAACUUUCUCAAUUCCCCAAGUCAAGAGGUCUUUAGUUUCCACAAUUAUUCUAAAGACACUUCUGGAAGCUCUCCUGAUUCAUUGCUGCCUGAGGAAGACUCACCGCAUUUGGAGGAAGAAGAGUGUGAGGAGGAUUUUGGUGAUUGGAGCUUAACUCUGCCACCAUCGCCGCCUCUUCAGACUGAAGAAGAUAGCAAGGGAGGGGCUAAUGAGAGCGAUCUGGUCUCUGAAAGUGGAGAGAAAGCAUUAGAGAGAGUGUCAGAUAGUGAUAUUGAGGUCGAUGAGUGCAUAGCUACUGUCGAUGAUUCACUCAUUCCUGUUCUUCCAGAAAAAGAAGAAGAAGCUUGUUCAUCAGUACCAGAGAAAAAACAGGAAGGCGAUACCUUUGCAAGCGAAAACACAGCAACAAGUGUGAAUAGUGCGGCUGUUUUGGGCAAGAUACUUGAAAAGCACUCAGACGCCAUAAUCAGCCAGCAGCUUGAGAAAGAAAGAAUGAGGUCUUCGGCGACGGUACAAGAAACUGUUAGGCCGACCAAAACCACACUUCGGAUCUUGCAGACACCUGAAGGAAAACAGCAGAUGUUCCUUCAAACUACAGACACUCCAUAUGCCGUGCCAGUUCAGCUGAAAAGUGGAGCUGGUUUCAAGCUAAUCACUAAGUCCUGUUCUCCCCAAAUUAAUGUGUCUUAUGUGAAACCUGGGAUUGAGAUGGCCAGCAAGACAACGGGGUUAGCUCUUACUUUAAAUGGAGGCAGAAUUGGCAUGUCUGGACAGAGUUCAAAUCUUGAAACAAAAGGUCAAGUGUCUGCCCAGAUGGCACCAAGUGGCAGUGGAAACCGCUACUUCGUCAAUGCUUCUGCUCUUAAAACAUCUCUUCUCUUAUCAGGUGCUGUCAAGUCCUCAUCCGGAGAACAGGCGACCAACGCGCCACAGACUUGUUAUUUGGUUCAAAGACCUCUCCCUGUUACGCCAGUUAGUAGUGAGUCAAGUGGUUCGAGUUCAAAGACUGUGCUUGCAACUCGUCCUGUAUUGGCCAUGCCUGUGAAAGCUGCAGAUAAAACCAGUCCUUUGCAGGCUGGGAGACAAGCUUACUUGGUUAGAUACAUUUCUCCUGCCAAGUCAGGUAUACUUUUGAACAAUUCAGAUGGGAAAACUUUGAACGAGGCUGGCAAAAACAGGGUUUUCCUUAAGGUCGUUCGUGGUCCCAACGGCACCAGAUUUCUCUCCACCACUCCAUACACCACAGCCAAAAAAUCGGUAUACCUUGCGGCAAGCUCUCUGCAGUCACCUUAUUUGUUAAUGUCCUCAAAUGAAUCUUUAACCAAUAUGUCAGCAGGACUUAAAACCUCUACUAAUUCACAAGGUCUCAUUCAUAAAUUCAUCCCUGCAUCCCAACUUAAACAUAUUAUACCCCAGUCCGAUGUUCAGACCAAAAACAGGGCUGGUCACGAUGUAGCAUUACAGAAGUCGCCCCUUGUUCCCUGUUCCGUCCGUCCACGAAGCCAAAGGAAACGGAGGCGAAGAGCUUUGUUUGAGGAAAUGCUGGAGAGCUCCUCCAAAAUGAGGAGAAUCUCCAGCAAGUCGUCGGCUGAGAAAGACGCUACCUCAAUUUGGGAGCCUGUUGCGAAAGAUGUGGUGAGAACGCUGAGGCUCUGUCCCUUUAGUCCACUUCAAGAAAUCAAAUCUCCCCGGCGAAACCAGCCUGUGGUUGUGCUGAACCAUCCAGAUGCAGACAUUCCUGAAGUUGCUAGCAUCAUGAGGUCCGUGAACCGAUACAAAGGUGAAGUUCUCAAGGUGGCACUGUCCCAAAAUACAGUUAAAGCCCUGUCGGAGUUUCCAAGAACGCUUGCAAAGCAGAAUGCUUCCAAUGGCAGUGGGGGUAAAAGAUCAAGGCCAGUAAGUGGUGCUGUUCAAGAGAGAUUCAUACUGAAACUGAAGUUAAAAAAGACUAGCAGAAAUAAAUAUGAGGUGGUGAGGUCCUCAUCUGCUGGUUCAGAGCAGCAGUCAAAUUUUUGUUGCUGGUUUUGCGGCCGUUUCAACAACCAGGAGGACUGGAUCGGCCAUGGUCAACGGCAUCUAAUGGAGGCAACAAGAGACUGGAAUAAGCUGUUCUAAUGCAACUACACAGCCCCUGGAUUGGGCCAAAUGCCAUCCUUCAUUGUAAAAAAAAAAAAAAAAAAAAAAAACCUUUGUAAUAUUUUCUUUCUUUUUUUUAAUAGUACAGUAAGAUACAGUUAACCUGUUGAUGUUAUUUUUCCAUAGAUUUUUCUUCAGACGCUUUUAAAGAGUAUAGUGUAAUAGAGAAGAGUUUGGUACCUGGAACAAGUUUGUAUGUAAAUAAUUUUCACCCUUGUAUAUUUAAAUGAAAACCCUCGAGUAUGUAUAGAGCGGAACUGUGAAAACUGGACACACUGUAUGUUUAUGGUGCAAGCAGAAAGAUCACUGGUAUAAGAUGGUGCUGUCUCUUAUAGACCUCUUUUAAUGCAGACAAUUGAACUGAAUACUCAGGUAAUUCCAUCAUUUCUGAAUGAAUGAGUGAAUGGUCCAGUUUAUAAAAAAAAAAAAAAGUCAUCUGUGUUUGAUUGUAGAUUUUUAUGUACCAUUUAAGUACAGUUUAAGUUGGCUACAUUGUCACACUGAAACAAUUCUAAUUUCCAAUGAAUGUCUUUUCCGGGCCUUAGAUAUUGUGAAAAUGUUCAAAGAAAUUGAAUUUGAUAUGCAAAUUUUAAAGGGACAGUUCACCCAAAAAUACAAUUUGUUGUUUUCUCACUCUCAUUGUCGUUCCAAAUCUGCACAAAUUUUGGCCAGUUUUAUCAAGUCAAGUCUAAAAGGUUAGACCCCACUUAAUUUCAUUCCACGGACAUUUUUUAAAAGAUCUUCAUCAAGGUUUGAUGUGACAUGAGGGUGAGAAAAUGAAGAUUGAAUUAGAAUUUUAAGGGUGAGCUAUCCAUUUUAAUAUUAUUUAGGAUGACACACAUUAUUAUGUGACACACAUGAUAUUGCCUAAAAACAUGCCCAACUGGUUCCUGUGGAAACCAUCCUGUUAAAAUGUUGUGUACGUUGAGGUGGUUUGCCAUUUAAUAUGCAGUAUUUGUUCUCAUGUUGUAUCUUUGGGUCAGUUUCGUGUUUUGCUGGUACCAUGCAUCUCCCUUCAUUAUGUCAGUUCAGACCCGGUGUCAUUUCAGUAGCAAUAAUGGACUUUAUAAUAGUGUAGUUGGAAUUUUUCUCUGUAAAGAUAUUCUGAACCUUCAUCUGUCAGUUAUGGCUUUGGUGCUUUUUGUUGUCCUUUUCCUUAUUUGAAAUGAAGUAAUGCACCUGUAAAUGUACUGUUAUGCUUUACUAAAAAGAGAGAUAAAACAGGAUGUAUUGAGAUGCAAGCCAACAAACCUCAAAUAGCCAACCAAACACUAACUGUAUUUUAGUUUUCUGUGAUACUUGAGUGCCUCAUUCUGCCUCAAACUUUUAACAAAAGGGUCUGUUUUUCCGUGGUAAAGUCCAGAUUUGUAAGAUUAUUGGGUGCUUAGCAGAG